AGGCCCCUGCCCGCCGGACCACUGCCUUUGGCGGGCAAGAGGGAAGACAUCUACUUCCCUACAGGAGAAUCGCUGGGCUUGAAGUUGCGCAACGGUGCUGGAGCCCUGGAGGCGAAGCGUCGACUGCGCCGAAGUAAGGAGGGCGUGGAGCUUUGGGUCAAGACUCUGCACGAAGGUUGUACAGCUGCCUCAUCGCAUGGCCCGCGCCUAGAGCUCGAUGCCGCAAAGGAGCUGGAGUUGGCACCAGAGGAAGUCGAGACUCUCGGAAGUGCGGAGCUGCCGAUGUUGGUUCGGUGCCGCAAGAGGCGCAGGAUCACGGACUUCGGUGAGGAGGUUGACUGCGUUUUCAUCGCCGAAACGGGUCUGUCCGUGGUGCUUGCAGAAAGAUACCGGAGCAUCUCUGUGGAGUCACCGCGACUGGAGGACAUCGGCCCCAUUGUGCAGCAGCUGGGGCCGGUUCCGGAAGGAGCCAUUGUGGCCGGCUAUCCUGCCAUCAUUCAGGCUGUUGCGGACCGUGCACGUGCAGCGCUGCGCGGUGAGAGAGAAGCGCAAAGCUCGCCGACAGCACCUGAAACAGGACCUGGAAAUGCUGGAGAUGCAUAG